AUGGGGGAGGUGAUGGAGGUGACGGGGGUGCUGCAGUCGGUGAGCGACCUCCCCGUGCAGGACCCUCCCGGGGAGGAGUUCUCGGCCGCCGACCUCAGGUGGGUCAAGUACGCGAGCUCCGAGCACCACUGCGACGACGUCGCGCUCAUCCCCUACGACCGGAUGGAGGCCUUCAUCAGCGGCGAGUGCAACAACCCCGAAUACCCCACCAGGUUCCACAUCGAGCGCGGCCGCAAGCGCGAAAGGGGCACCCUCAAGGAGGUCAGGAGCGACGACUACCUCCUCUACAGAAUGUAUUGGUGUUCGUUUGGCCCUGAAAAUUACGGGGAGGGAGGGACGAUCUUGCCUAGCAGAAGGUACAGGCUUAACACAAGAAACCGUGCAGCUCGGCCGCAGUCGAUGCGAGGUUGUACCUGCCAUUUCGCAAUCAAGCGGUUAUACGCCCGCCCUUCGCUGGCUCUCAUUAUCUACCAUGAGAGGCGCCAUGUCAACAAGUCUGGUUUUGUAUGUCAUGGACCCCUGGACCGGGACGCCAUUGGUCCUGGUGCCAGGAAAGUGCCGUAUGUUGGGAGCGAGAUUCAGCAGCAGACCAUGUCAUUGAUCUAUCUCGGUGUCCCCGAGGAGAACAUCCUGCAGACACAUAUAGAAGGGAUACAACGCUACUGCGGCUCGGAUGCAAAGGUCGAUAACCUUGCCUCGCAGUAUGUCCACAAGCUUGGGAUGAUCAUCAAGAGGUCUACGCAUGAGCUGGAUCUAGAUGACCAAGCUAGCAUCAGGAUGUGGGUCGAUAGGAACAAGAAGUCUGUGUUUUUCCACCAGGACUCAACCGAGACAGAUGCCUUUGUACUAGGGAUCCAGACAGAAUGGCAACUGCAGCAGAUGAUCCGCUUUGGUCACCAGAAUAUUUUGGCAUCUCAUUCCUCAUUUGGUGUAAGCAAGCUUAAGUACCCCUUGCACACAAUUCUUGUAUUCGAUUCAAGACAACAGGCUCUGCCUGUUGCAUGGGUUAUAACCCGAUCUGUUACCAAGCAUGACACUUCGAGAUGGAUGCAAGCACUUACUAGUAGAAUACAUUCUGUUGAUUCCAACUGGAGGAUUGGUGGAUUUAUAAUUGAUGAUCCAACCUCAGAGCUGGACCCAAUCAGGAAUGUAUUUUCCUGCCCGAUUUUAUUUUCUUUAUGGCACAUAAGGAGAACAUGGCUUAAAAAUAUAAUCAAGAAAUGCAGCAAUACUGAGGUGCAACGGGAAAUAUUUACAAAACUAGGAAAAUUUAUGUACAGUAUCUGGAGUGAGAAAAAUCCCAUGGAUAUCCUGGAGCAAUUGUUUCAAGACUUUGUUGACCAAACCACCUUCAUCCAGUAUUUCAAGUCAUUUUGGGUUCCCAAAUUGGAGAUGUGGAUUGAUACCAUCAGAAAUUUGCCCCUGGCAAGUCAGGAAUCCUGUGGUGCUAUUGAGGGUUACCAUCUAAAGCUCAAGCUUAAAGCAUAUGAUGAUUCACAGCUUGAUGCUCUUCAACGUGUGGAUUGGUUGGUGCACAAGCUGACAACAGAGCUGCAUUCUGGCUACUGGCUCAACCUAUAUGCAGAUGAGAGCGGUCCAUUUCCCGAGGUGAAAGCAGAGUACAUUGCAUCCACUUCAUGGCAAAGGGCUCUGCACAUACCUGAUGAGGCUGUUCUAUUUGAUGAGAAAGAACCUCUUUCAGCCAAGGUGGCAAGCCAGAAGGAUGCUAGUCUAAUGCAGACUGUAUGGAAUGCUGGGUCUGAAUUCUCUCUGUGCAGUUGUUCGUGGUCAAUGCAGGGUAACCUAUGUAAGCACGUCAUAAAGGUUAACAUGAUGUAUGCACCACGCAAGGAUUUCCAGCCCUCGCUAUCAUUUCAAUCGUUUCAGCGCGUCCUACUUGAUCUGUGGCAAAAACCACUGGAUGAUUCAUUCUCACUCGAUCUGUCGGUAGCAUGGGUUAUGCAAAUGCAGGAGAGGAUCCAAAAAGUGGCUGAGCUUGCUGCAUCUGAUGGUAUUGCCCAAGUUGCAGGCAAAUUGCCAAUUCAAUGGGCAAACAAGAGAGGGAGAAGAACAGCUAUUAGGCGCACAAGCCCCAUGCGUUUUCUUCCUCAUUCCAACGGCAGUGUGCAAAGAGAUUUGACUCCGAAGAGGAACAGAAAGAGGAGAAGGUUGUCCAACUUUUCAGGCUAA